AUGCCCGAGAGAAAGGCAGAAGGGGAUGCUAAAGAAGAUGAAGCCAAGGUAAAAGACGAACCACCAAGAAGUUCUGCAAGGUUAUCUGCUAAACCUGCUCCUCCAAAGCCAGAACCCAAGCCUAAAAAGGCCCCUGCAAAAAAAGGAAAGAAGGUGUUCAAUGAAUUUCUCAGGAGAUGCUUCGCUGUACCCAAAGGGAAAAAGGGGAAAGCUGAUACUGGCAAGCAUGGGAAUAACCCUGCAGAAAAUGGAGAUGCCCAAACAGAGCAGGCACAGAAAGCUGGAGGUGCUGGAGAUGCCAAGUGA